AUGUCGGUUGGUGGAAUCGCCUCCGGGUUGAGAUUAUCAGUGUCAGAGUGCAAGCGGCGUAGUUUGAGCAAAUCGAAGCACAAGCAGGGAUUUGAGGGAGAAGGUCUGAAAGGUGAAAUCCAUGAAACCUCCUGGUCCAAGAACAUCAUUUUAAUCCACAAGCAGACGUCCACGCCCCCCCGGCGGCUUGAAAGGAACUUCUCCAUUUCAACACCGGCCCUUCGCUCCCGCACACCUGCCCCCGACAGCUCUUCCAUCUUUGGCGGAUCUAUUGUGAGACUAAGUGCACGGUGGGCAGCGAAGGGUCCCAGGGUCCUUAUCUUCCUCUUCCUCUUCUUCUCCCCUGAUCAUGUCCACCGGAGCCAGACGAUGACUUUCCACAAUGAGUCAGAAGAGACCUUCCCUCCCUCCUUCCCUCCCUCCUUCCCUCCCUCCUUCCCUCCCUCCUUCUCGGAGCACAACUUCUCCGUCUUUGUCACCCACGACCCCGCGGACUUCCCCACCUCCUCCCCGCUGACCUCCUCCAACUGCACCAGCCCCGAGUCGGCCUCCUCUCCCCCGUACAACUUCUACGCGGUGCUGCUGGUGCUCCUCAUCUUCUGCGUGGUGUUCGGCAACGUGCUGGUGUGCGUGGCCGUGUCCCGGGAGCGGGCUCUGCAGACCACCACCAACUACCUCAUCGUCUCACUGGCUGUGUCCGACCUGCUGCUGGCCACGAUGGUCAUGCCGUGGGGCGUCUACCUGGAGGUGGUGGGAGAGUGGCACUUCAGCCUCAUCCACUGUGACAUCCUGCUCACCCUGGACGUCAUGAUGUGCACGGCCAGUAUCCUGAACCUCUGCGCCAUCAGCAUCGACAGGUACACAGCGGUGGCCAUGCCGCUGCUCUACUACACCAGAUACAGCUCCAGGCGCAGGGUGGCGGUGAUGAUCUCUGUGGUGUGGUUCCUCUCGUUCGCCAUCUCCUGCCCCUUACUGUUCGGACUCAACAACACUGCCGACCCAGAAGGCACCACCUGCAGUUUUGCCGACCCGGCCUUCGUGGUGUACUCCUCUGUGGCCUCGUUCUACGUUCCCUUCAUCGUCACACUGCUGGUGUAUGCGCAGAUCUGCGUGGUGCUGCGCAAACGAGGCAGACGCACGGCCCCGUCGCGCAGACACGGUCUGCACACGCAGCGCGGGGCCGAGGCAGGAGAGGCCCAUCGGCACAGAAAGAAUAAGUGCACACAACCAGAGGAUGUGAAGUUAUGCACCCUGUUCCUGAGGCCCGCCACAGCCCCCCCGCAGCGCAAGAAAGUGACCCUGGUGAACCCCCUUGAAGUGGAGCCGGGUCAGUUUCUGCCGCUGACGGGGCAGAGUCUGGCUCCUCCCCCUGCGCCCCAGACCUCCUCCCUCUCGGGCCGGGGAACCAUCUCCCUGUCCAUCUCCGUGGGACCUGCCCCGGUUCUCCCUUCAACCGUGACGCGAUCGGGCCUGAUGCCUCGUCCCCCAACUCUGGAGGAUGGCAUGAGGGGUCGUGAGGGAUGGAGGGAGCGCAGCGACGGCAGAGAGAGAUGGGGGAUCACCAAGGAGAGGGUGAGAGGGAGGCUGUCUCAGCAGAAAGAGAGGAAGGCGACACAGAUGCUCGCCAUCGUCCUCGGCGUGUUUGUCAUCUGCUGGCUGCCUUUCUUCCUGACCCACGUGCUGAAGGCCCACUGCAGGAGCUGCUGCAUCACGCCCUCGCUCUACAGCGCUGUCACCUGGCUGGGAUACCUCAACAGCGCCGUCAACCCCAUCAUCUACACCACUUUCAACAUCGAGUUCCGCAAAGCCUUCAUCAAGAUCCUGCACUGCUGAGAGCCGCCCAGAUGAAAAGGUGUCAGCACGCAGGAAGACGGCCUUAGAGACCGGAGAUGAGAGCGAGUGGAGGUGAAAGAAAGGAUGGAGGAAGGAUGGAGGGAGGAGGAGGAAACAGGUUGGAUUCACGAUAACUUGAGAUGAUAUCAACUUUCUGGGAAAUUAAAUAUGAGAGAAAUUUAACCUGCAGAUCAGGGUAAAGAAACUUCGGAAAGAAACAAACUGCUGGACGGGAAAAAAAACUGUGUGACAAGUAAAAGACGAGAAGCACAAACAAGCUGGAGAUAUUUCUGGAAGCGACGCACUGUGUUGUGUACAUUGUGUGUGUGCAGGGAGGAGUGAGGACUGAGGAUGCUGCCACAUUCAUCUGCACGACUCCAUACACGUCAGACUCGCUGAGACGCGACCGCUUUCCCACUUUGCUGGAACGCUCGGCUGGUUUCAGAGCCUUCACUGUUGUAUUUUCUUGUAAUCUUGACAAACAGCCUGGUUUUAUUUGUUUGCAUGUUGUCGUCCUCUCUGAAAAAGGACUGGAACAAGUCAAAGCACGGAAAUAAAAAACACCAUCUUUGACUUAAAGAGUACAACAGGAAACUGAAGUCUCAGAUUUCAUUAUGGACCUUUUCUCUCUGUUUACGUACGUGUAACAUUUGGUGUCGUAGAUAAUACUUUGAUUGGUGAGAACAUGGAUCGCAGCUGUUGUACAGACCUUUGGUAAUAAAACAUUUUAUUGUGGUGCUUACCUUGUGUGUGUAAUCACACAUUAAGAUCAAAUAAAAUUUAAUGAAUUAGAAUAAAUAAAAUAUCUGCACAGUAUGACUGAAAGCAAAACUGGUGACAAAUGAACAAAGCAAUUGAUUAAUUCUUCAUGUAUAGAUGGAUAAAGUUUAUAUGACUAGAAAGGUUGUUUAUGUUUUAUUUAAUAAUAUUUCACAGAUUUGAGUUUUGUUUAAACUUUCAUUAUUUUUCCUUUAAGAUAUUUUCUUUGUCCGAGAAUCCUGAACUCUUCUGACUCUCAGUCACAAACUGGCUGCUGGUUAAAUUUUUCAAAAUAAACUGCUUAUUAGGGUCUAAAGAAGAAUGUGGAACAGUGGGAGGGGGUUCUCUGUUAGGUCUUGUUAUGUGUUAUGUCUAGUUGUGUGUUAUGCUGUGAUUCUUGUCUCGUCGUGGGCACAAUGAGGCAAAUUCCAAACAACUGAGUUGUGUGGCAAUAAAGUGUUGAAUCUUGGAAGCCA